CUCAACGCAGCGCAGUAUCCUCACAUUGUCAGUGUCACGCACACAACAAAUUAAGAGGUCGAGAGGAUCCAUUCCAGGCAAAUGGCAACCAAGAGCCUUCUCCUGGCGGCUCUCCUCGUGGUCAUCAGCCUCGCGCCGCACCCUGCGGAGGCGGACAACAAGCAGCCUCCACUGGCCCUCGUCGCCGGCGUGGUGCCAUGCAGCGCGGGGAGUUCCAUCAACGCGGCCGCGGUUCCGCCGUUCCCGAACGCCGUCGUCCACAUGGUGUGCGGCGGCAGGGUGGUGGCCGGCACGAAGGCGGACGACGGCGGUGCAUUCACCAUGAACAUGGGCCCGGCCACCUCGUCGUUGCUCGCCCCGCUGCUCGGCAACCAGUGCAAAGUGGUGGUCGUCACCCCCCUUGCCGCAUGCAACGCAUCCCUGGCCAGCGUCACCGGGACGCUGGCCGCACCGGUGCAGCUCCUAGGCGUUGACAGCGGCAGCGGCAGCGGCGGCCUCGGAGGACUUGGUGGCCUAAUUGGCCUCAUCGGCCAGAUCGUGGGCGGCCUCCUCGGCGGCAUCCUUAACAUCAUCCCCUUGCCCUUCUCCGUCGUCUAGAUGCUUGGUACAUCACCGGCCGGCCGGCGCCAUUGUCCAACGAUGGGACGGUGGAAUUAUAAUUACCUAAGCGGAAAUUAAUACGUGUACGUCUGCGACCAACUUACCGAUGGAUCCAACCAACCAUCCCCGUCGUAUAUUAUAUAAAAUCAACUCCUGUGGUGUACUAUGUGUUACCGCUUCUAAGAAGCACAUAUAUAAGUAAAGCAUAUUGCGUAAUA